AUAGGUCCUCACCGUUGUCAAUCAUAGUCUCUAACAGCCAUAACGUAACGUUGGGAUUCCUAUCUGCACAAGUGAAAUUCAAAAUUUUUUCCAUUAUGCAGGUUAUAUUUAAUGAGUCAAGCGUUGAAGUAGUUUAUUGUGUGUCGUCAGGCAGUAUUUUGCUGGCAUUUUGGAACUGUAAUCAGGGGGUCUAAGAGCAACAUUAGUUACCUAGUGUACACCAACGGCAUCUUACUGCAAACUGUCAUAAGGAAACGGACAAGAAAAUACGAAUUCGAAAAGGUGGUAGAAACUUUAGGGAUCCGGUUUAACUACACCUAGCGCUUUAAUAAUCCCUAGUUUGGGAGCGAAGAGAACAUGGUGUUAUAAGGUUGGAAUGGAGAGAGAUGUGGGUACUCUGUGCGAUUGACUAUUGGCAGACAAAAGAGGGCCCAGCUGCCCGUAGUAUUCUAGUUAUUUAGGCCACGAAGUACCGUGGUGUGAUACGACGAACCGGUAUUAUGAGUUCCUGAGGAUUGGAUUACCAGUACCCAUAACUGGGCCAUAAUUGUGACAACAAAAGGACCUUUUGUUGCUCUUUCGUGGGCAAUAAACUGUAGUGCAGGCACACAUUUGGUUAAAGAUAACCUCUUUUGAAGUCGAUAUGGAUCUAAAAACUGCUGUGUUCAAUGCCGCACGGGAUGGGAAGUUGCGCCUCAUGGACAAGCUGUUGUGUAGCAAGUCACAUUCUGAAGUGACGGCGCUCAUGUCGGAAAAGACUAAUGGGGCUACACCGCUUUUGAUGGCAGCGCGAUAUGGACAUCUGGAUGUGGUGGCGUACCUGCUGGAACAGUGUGGCGCGCCUAUUGAGGAAGGUGGCUCUGUUAAUUUCGACGGCGAAACAAUUGAAGGGGCGCCUCCGCUGUGGGCAGCUUCGGCUGCUGGCCACCUUUCCGUAGUGAAGGUUCUUUUGGAGCACGGCGCAGUGGUGAAUAGUACCACCCUCACUAAUUCAACCCCGUUAAGGGCUGCCUGUUUUGAUGGGCACUUAGAAAUUGUUAAGUUCCUGGUGGAACAUAAAGCAGACAUAGAGGUGGCAAACCGACAUGGUCAUACAUGCCUAAUGAUCUCUUGCUACAAAGGGCACAAGGACAUCGCGCAAUACUUACUUGAGAAUGGAGCCGACGUGAACCGGAAAAGUGUUAAAGGAAACACUGCAUUGCAUGACUGUGCAGAAUCUGGAAGCUUGGAGAUCAUGAAAAUGCUUCUAGAGUAUGGUGCAAAAAUGGAAAAGGAUGGGUAUGGUAUGACCCCUUUGUUGUCUGCUAGUGUGACAGGCCACACGAAUAUUGUAGAGUUCUUGAUAGAAUACAAACAUACUAGUAAAAUUGACCGUGUAAAUGCUCUGGAGCUUCUUGGAGCCACAUUUGUCGAUAAGAAGAGAGACCUGCUUGGUGCAUUAAAGUAUUGGAAGAAGGCUAUGGAUAUGAGGUACAGUGACCUUGCUAAUAUUAUUUAUAAAGAAGAACCACUGCAUUUAAAUAUGGCAUAUGGCUAUGCUAAAGAAGUGAGCAGCAAUGAGGAGUUGGAAAACCUGAUUGCAGAUCCAGAUGAGAUGAGAAUGCAGGCUUUGUUAAUCAGAGAGAGAAUUCUUGGUCCUUCCCACCCAGAUACAUCCUACUAUAUUCGUUAUAGAGGUGCUGUCUAUGCAGAUUCUGGCAACUUCAAAAGAUGCAUCAACCUUUGGAAAUAUGCACUAGAUAUGCAGCAGAAUAAUUUAGAUCCUCUAAAUCACAUGACUGCUAGCAGUUUACUAUCAUUUGCUGAACUUUUCUCUUUUAUGCUGCAAGACAGGGCAAAGGGCCUUUUGGGCACAUCUGUGUCUUUUGAUGACCUGAUGAGCAUACUUAGUAAAAGUGUUCUUGAAAUAGAGCGGGCUUUGAAACAAACUCCGUCCAGUCCUGAUCAAAUACAACUUAACAAAACACUCUCUAUCAUUUUGCACUUGAUCUGCUUGCUUGAAAGAGUACCUUGUAAUGCAGAUCAGGAUCAUUUUAAAAAACAGUCAAUCUAUAGGUUUUUGAAGUUGUAUCCUAGAGGCAAAAAUGGUUUUAGUCCACUUCAUCUAGCUGUGGAUAAGAAUACAACGUGUGUGGGUCGCUAUCCUGUGUGUACAUUUCCUUCGUUACAUGUGGCUGCAGUUCUUCUAGAGUGUGGGGCAGAUGCAAAUGCCAGGGAUGUCGACAAGAGCUGUCCUUUGCACAUUGCUGCUCUUAACAGCAGUCCUGAAAUUAUGAAACUCAUCCUCGCUGCCGGUGGCCACUUUGACACCACAAACUUGCACAAACAGGCACCAUUUGACUUGUUGAAUGAAAAAGAAAUAUCAAAAAACUUGAUUCAUCCUAUCAAUCAUACUACACUGCAGUGCUUGUCUGCUAGAACUGUAGUGAAACACAACAUUAAUUACAAAGGGCAAAUACCAGUUAAGCUAGAGGCUUUUGUUUUGCUUCACAGUUGAUCCAUGUUUAUGUGAUCAUAAUAUGAGUGCGGAAUUGAAGUGCUCUUUGAAUGAUGUAGUUUUUUGAGCACUGUUUACUUCAUGGCAUAUUUGAAAGUGAGUCAGGCUAUUGUUGGCUAUUUUUAUUAGUUUAAUCUGUCUUUGAAUAAGAGUAUGCCACAUCAUGUGAGAGAGUUAACAGAUUUGGUCUGCAGUGCCAUGUUUAGACAAUGCAGAAGUUAUUGUCUGCCAAAGGUCUUUAUGAACUAAUCACAUAAGAUUUCAUCAGAACUCAGUAUUGUCUUUCGUAGAUUUUUAUAUACUAUUGCAUUUCUGUUAACUCGCUGCAGCAUUUCCAGUUUUAUUUUAAUUCUGAAUUGUAAUUCAGUGGACCAUUGUUCAACUGUGCAAGCUGUAUUGAACUGGUUAAUGUUUGCAUUUACCGUAAGUGCUUUUUAUCUUCCCUAUGCACUAGCUUUGAGAUAAACUGUGUUGGCAUUUCUCUAUGCAGCAACCAGCCAACGUUUAUGUUUAACUCAUGCAUUGUAUUUCCUUGAGUGUUUGCUUGCUGGAAGUGUUAUGUUUUCUAUAUAGCAUGUCGAUUUUUGGGACUGUGACUACUAAAACAUUAUCAGUCUGUCUCUGGUUUGCUCACUUUGGUUCUGUUACUGUACUGAAUGGAAAUAAUUGUAUGUGUGCCUGUUCUCCUUAAAUCACUUUGUAUUUUCUUGUUCUGAAAGCACAUUGGAAGUCCUUUUUCUUGCAUUUUGUAUACAGCUUUUCUUGCACAGUUUUUCCUGUUUAUAACCAACACUUUUAUUACAAAUUUAUUCAUUCUUAAGUUUAACUCGAGCAGGCCUUUGUGCAUAGAUGCUUACUGAUGCAUGGAAAAGACAGGUUUCAUGAAAGUGUGAGAAUUGGGUGACUGACUUGGGCACACCAUGUAUUGAUAACAAGCAAAAGGUUGGAGAGUAAUUAGGCUUAUAUUGACCUUUUGUGGUUGAUUUCUGGAAUGCGAUAACUACUGCAUUUUUUAUUCUUAAUGACAGAUCUCCAUCUAAUCAAACCCGUUGACUAAGUUAAUGUUUGUAAUUGCACAAAGCUUUUUUUGUGGAAGAAAGGGCUUCAAGGGUUUGAUAGUUUAUUAUUGCUACUAAACCACAGAUGAGCAUAAGAUUCAGGUAAUUACUGUAAUUCUGCACUUUAUUGUUGAUACAGAUUCAGUUUAUUGUGGCAUAUUAGCCUUGCUGAUGUCUUAACUGAAAUGUUCACAAUUAAAAUACACAAUAUAUUACUCUUG